AAAAUAUCCGAUUGGAUAUGAAUAUAACCAGUGGGGUGCGUUAACUAAGAUCGUUCUCUAUAAACUCAAGGGGUAUCUAUCUAUAUGUUUCAGCGGUUACAUGUCGCCAGAGUAUGCAAUGUAUGGGCAAUUCUCCAUGAAAUCCGAUGUAUACAGCUUGGGAGUGUUAGUUCUGGAGAUCAUAAGCGGCAAGAAGAACAGCAACUUCUACCAAAUGGACGAUACCGUCGACAACCUGAUCACAUAUGCUUGGAGGCAGUGGAGCAGUGGCUCGCCGCUGGAACUCGUGGACCCGAUUAUCGGAGAAAAUUACCCGAAGGAGGAAGCUGUUAGAUGCAUACACAUCGGUGUAUUAUGCGUUCAAGAAGAUCCCGCUAAGCGUCCAACGUUGUCGACCAUCCAUCAGAUGCUCACGAGUUCCUCGAUCUGUCUUCCAGAUCCUCAAACGCCCGGAUUUUUCUUCGGAAACGGAGUGGGGACUGUUCGAUCUACAAACGACUCUAUUCUUUGUUCUAUCAAUGAUGCGACGGUUACUGAGUUCGGGCCUCGUUGAAGAAAUAAGUUCUCUUGAUGUUGUGCGAUUUCAUCCACGUAUCACCCCAUUCAAAAAAGUCAUGUUUCUUUUUAAUGAAAUGUAAAUUAUAUUUUUUUUUUUUUAAAGAGGAGCUCUGUAUUAUUUUUUUCCAAAUCCAACGUGAUGUAUAAGCUAACUAUUAU